UUGGAGCGACUGAGAGUAGAUCUGAUUUUUGUCAGCUCGAUCUUCCCGCUUGUGGAGUAGUCGGUCGUGGACUAAGGAGAACGUUCUGUGAGAAGCAUCCCGCUUUUUCCUUCUGGUGAAAUGACCGUCACGCCUACAGUGACGUCCUAACUCCCUGAGUCACAUGACCUUUCAUUGUACGGGAACAUCAAGACAAAAGACAGUAUCUUGUGUGGAGGGAAGGUGUCGCUCUGCUUGUCCUCUGUUGUGCUAACUCUGGCCACGUCUUGGGGAGCUGCGAACAGCAUAAUUUUACAGUAGCUUUCACCGUUCCACCCUCCCUCCGACUCAACCAAAAAACCAACAGAACUACUGAUCCACUUAAUCACCAACUACACCCACCCAUCCACAACCACUACCAACCCACACCCACUCAUCACUCCCACCCACCCACCCACUCAAUCCACUGAAACAAGCCACACCCACACUUCGACUCAACCACUCAGAUUGUCCUCCAACUUCCCUGUCAACCCACUCAUCUACACCCACCAAACAACACCCAUCGACAAGUUAAACCACCCACCCACUCACCCGCCAGAAGAAUGCCUCAACGGGCGAAAUUUGACAUAAACUCCUCCCCAAUGAAUGACUCACGCGGAAACGGGAAUCCCGUGCCAACCACAGGAGGGAGAUACACCACAGGCUUACCUAUUCCAGCCAGCUCGAAAUCCUUACACAAAUCCUGCAGCUCCGCUAGCCUGUCUUCUCACUCCCAAAGAAGCGGGAAUCUUAAUGUGCCCGCAACAGGGAGGCACACGACAGGAUUACCAAGGCCAGCGAGCGCGAGAUCCCUGCACAAAUCUCGCAGCUCCGCUAGUCUUUCUUCGGCCAAUAGACUCGCUACGAACUCACCCGCAGUCGUGCCAGCUGAAGGAGAUAUCACUCUAGUAGUGCCGAGAGUUUCCCCAUCGUUCACUGAUGGACAGCGAGUGUCCACCAUCGCACAUCCUUAUCAAGAACCAGACGCCUACUUCACAGGAAACGGAGGCUUUUCUGUGGGUAAUGGCGGCCAUUUUGGCUACGACAACCCAAUGUAUCUGCCGGGCUCCGAACUGAUCCUCACGCCAUCCGGUUUAGGGCUUUGAAGGUGGCGUGCGACCGAAGCGCAAUGCCAGGACCUGGCUCAAGGCCAAAGCCCGGAAGUGUGAGUGCUCCUGCAGCUGUCUGCGCCGCUUCCUCACCCUGCACCUGCCCUUCCUGGGCAUUCUCCGGGACUACAGUCUGCGCCGGGACCUGGUCGCUGACGUCAUCGCCGGGCUGACCGUUGGCAUCAUGCACAUACCCCAGGGUAUGGCGUAUGGUCAGUUGUCCACUCUGCCCCCAGUGUUUGGCCUCUACGUGUCAUUCUUCCCCGUCAUUCUCUACUUCUUCCUCGGAACCUCCAAGCAUGUGUCCAUUGGGACAUUUGCAGUGGUGUCACUUAUGGUAGGGUCAGCUGUAGACAAGGGCAUGAAGGAUCUUGGUUUGACCCCGAUAAGUCACAACGUGACCGUCACAGAGGGGAAUGAGACAAGCUUUCUCAUCACGGACAACUCAGAGGAGAUCCUGGAUGCAAAGCUGAAGCUGGCCAUGGCUGUCACGUUCGCUGUCGGUGUCCUGCAGUUGCUACUGGGUUUGCUGCAGCUGGGCUUCCUGACGGUAUACCUGUCCGACCCGCUGAUCAGCGGCUUCACGACGGGCGCCGCCUGCCACGUGUUCACCAGCCAGAUCAAGCACAUCUUUGGCAUCUCCAUGGGACGCUACAGCGGAGCCUUCAAGCUGAUAUUUUCUUACAGAGAUAUCUUCAAGAACCUGCCGGACACGAAUGCUGUGACAUUCAUCGCCUCAUUGGUCUGCAUGGUGCUGCUGUUUGUGACUAAGGAGUACAUCAACAACAACCCCAAGAUCAAACCCAAGCUGAAGAUGCCUGUGCCUGUGGAACUCAUUGUGGUGGUAUUAGGCACUGUCAUCUCUCACUUUGUGAAGCUUGAGGAGACCUAUGAGGUGAAGAUUGUGGGCGAUAUUCCAGUCGGCAUUCCAGAGCCAAAUCUCAAAGCUUUUGCCUUCCUGUCAAGGGUGGUCUCAGAUGCUAUUGCCAUCGCAAUCGUGGCGUUUGCAAUAUCUGUGUCCAUGGCCAAGAUAUUUGCUAAGAAACAUGAGUAUGAAGUGGACUCAAACCAGGAGCUCCUUGCAUACGGCCUGUGCAACAUCUUCUCCUCGUUCUUCUCCUCCUUCGUGUCUGCUGUGUCGCUAUCCCGUAGUCUGGUCCAGGAAAACGUCGGAGGGAGAACACAGGUGACUGGUCUGGUGUCCAGUGCCCUGCUCCUGGUGGUGCUGCUGGUGGUGGGGCCGUACUUCAAGACACUGCCUAAUUGUAUCCUGGCGUCCAUCAUCCUGGUGGCCCUCAAGGGAAUGUUCAAGCAGUUUGCUGAGCUGAAGAGGCUGUGGAACAUUUCCGUCAUUGACUUUGCGGUGUGGCUGGUGACAUUUUCUGCAACGGUCUUAUUGGACGUGGAUCUGGGUCUGCUGGUGGGCGUGGUCUUUGCUCUUCUGACGGUCAUCAUGAGGUCACAGAGACCAUAUUCCUGCCUGUUGGGGCAAGUUCCAGGAACAGAUAUUUAUAAAGACAUCAGCGUUUACAAAGCCGCGGAGGAGACUCCAAACGUCAAAAUCUUCCGCUUUGACUCUGCUCUUUUCUUCGCCAACUCGGAGUUCUUUAAGAGCUCCCUGUACAAACUGGCUGUGGAUCCAAAUGACCUAAAGAGAAAGCAGAGAAAACUGAACAAGAAGAAGAAGAAAGAGGAAAAAGAGUUGCUGAAUAUCACUGUGCAGGACUCGUUGGGGAGCACCAAAAUCCAGGACGGAGAGCACGUGGCUCUGCACCCCCACGCAGCAGACGACAACACUGACGGAACGCCGAACGCCGCGUCGUUGCAUCCUCCUCCCACACAAGCCGCUACUGCCGCGGCAGCUGCAGCGCCACCCAUCGCCAACGGGACUGACGAGCACCCUAACAUUGUCACAGAGCUGCCCACUCUGACGGACGUCCACUACAUUAUACUGGACUGCUCCACCAUGAGCUAUGUGGACUCAGUUGGGGUCAAAGUGUUGCAGCAGGUGAUUGCAGAGUUCCGAGCAUUCAACAUCACAGUCUACCUGGCGCAGUGCAAAUCUGGUGUGAGGGAAAUGUUUGAAAGAACAAACUUCUACAAGACAGGGAACAAAAACUUUUUGUUUAUCACAAUUCACGAUGCUGUGGUCAGCGCACAGCUACACCAGUGGUCAAUUCUUGGGGAACACCAAGUACCUUCCAACAGCAACAACAAUCAGUCGGCUUCGGGUCCAGGGGAAGAUCUGCCAGAGGAACAGGACGGUAACGAGGAGAGAGGGCAGGAGGAAGGGGACAGUCACGAUGUCAACAAACCGGGAAGCAACGGGGAUGUGGACCCGCUCCGACGACGAGACAAUGAGGACCACGAGAGGGAAAAGGAUAGCACAGUCGCAGAUGUGGAGAGAACUGAAGUGUAGCUUGUGAUUCCUCAGAAGUGCUGAUCUGUUGACCUGUUGGGAGUUUUUAUAGUCAUUUUGGUGUUACGUAAGUGUGGUUCUUUUGUAACCCUCAUGAUACUUAAUUCCGUCUGUUUUGUCUGGUGAUCAAAUCUGCCUGCAAAGUUUGUAAAUAUGUACCAUUCUCAUAAAAUCAUAAAAUCUUUUUAUAAUCAGCUUGUUUCUGAAUAUUUUUGCCUGUUCAUCUGUUAUUUUGUAUUCUUUUUAUGAAUUUUAGUUCAAUAUAAGAAAGAAGAAUUAGAUCCAUUGGUUGUUUGUUUGUUUUUUCUUGAAGUUGAAGGAAGGUAAUUGUAAAACUUAGAGCAAAAA